AACACCCCGUGUGCUCUUGGGCAGCGUGACGCCGCACGCCGCGACCGUGCUAUAAAAGGCCGGCUGCUGCCGUGGUCAGACAACAGUCUGCAACAUGAGGUGCCCGACACAGACCGCUCUCGCAGCCGUGCUCUGCGUCGUCCUCCUCUCUUGGACGGAUGCUGCACCGACGCCAGACGCCAAUGAAGAAGCGGUAAAGAUUCACGAAGAGAAGGUACCCUCUGAAGAAGUCCCAGCUGCUCUUCAGACUGCAGAAGGUGAAGCAGCAGCACGUGUGAAGCGCGGAGGCGGCGGCUGUAACGUUUGUGGAGGCGGCGGCCACGGGGGCGGCCACGGAGGCGGCCACGGGAUCGGCCACGGGGGCGGCCACCACGGGGGCGGCGGCUUUGGGGGCGGUCUCAGCGGCAGCCACUCCCAGAGCAGCUCCCAGGCCUCCAGCUCCAGCUCCAGCGGCAGCUUUGGGGGCGGCUUUGGCGGCGGCAAGUUUGGCCAUGGAAAGUGAGAAGUCUGGACGUAAUCGCUUGCCUCUUUUGUUUAAUGGUGCCGUUGUAACCUGGAACAAAUAAACUACUAUCUUAACAUUAA